CGUGUGUGUUUGUUUGCUUUGAGAUUCACUUGCGGCUAUCACAGACAAAUUUUCUGUGCAAUAUCUCAACGGGACUAAGCGGGACGGGUUCGGGAAUGACUUCAUUCUUUUCCUAGAACACCAGAAAAUCGGGGGGUGUCAACAAGUUCACGUUCUUCUAUCGUUCCUGAUCCUAAGACCAAAUCGCAACCAUGGAAACGCUACCAGACCAAACACUUCAGGGCGAGAUGGGCGGCAUCUUAGGCGCUUCAGCUACAGCUCCAGAAGGCAUCAGCGCUGAUGAAAUUGCCCUUUACGAUCGACAAAUCCGUCUCUGGGGCGUCCAAGCCCAGGAGAAAAUCCGCAGCGCCAAUAUCCUCCUCAUAACCAUGAGAGCGCUCUCCAACGAAAUCGCGAAGAACCUUGUAUUAGCUGGAAUCCGCUCCCUCACAAUUGUCGACCAUGCUCUCGUCACGGAGUCCGAUCUAGGCGCACAAUUCUUCGUCUCCGAAUCUGACAUUGGGAAGAAUCGCGCUGAGGCCGCUGCUCCAAACAUUAGGAAGUUGAAUCCCAGGGUGAUCGUGAACGUGGAUCAAUCAGAUAUCAAGACGAAGGGGCCCGAUUAUUUUGGGAGUUUCGAUGUGGUCAUAGCUACAGAUUUGCACCCGGACAGCUUGAACAUUAUCAAUACGGCGACGAGAUUGAAUCACAAGCCAUUCUAUGCGGCUGGCGUUCAUGGCUUCUACGGGUUCAUUUUCUCGGAUUUGAUUCAGCAUGACUACGUGGUGGAGAGGGAGAAGAGUAAUAGGCCGACCCUGUUAGAGCCAGAGACCAGAACGCGUAGUGUGGUGGAUGUGAAGACGAAGAAGGAAAAUGGGAAGUUGAUUGAACUGGUUACGAAGAGGGAGCUAUAUUCUACCUGGUUCUUGGCAAGUGAUGCUGCCAGCCUGCCAGCCGAGUACUUGAAGAGCAGACGUCGACUUAAGGCCGUAACCCCAAUCCUCUCUUGCCUCCGCGCUCUCUGGGAAUUCCUUCAGCUUCAAGACGGACGGUUACCCAGCACGACUGAGGAUCUGAAGAUUUUCACCGUCAGCGCAACACAAAAGCACAAAGCUCUUGGUCUACCAGACGAAACAUUACGGUCGGAGGUCCUGCGGAAAUUCUUGCAAAACCUUGGAAAAGAGAUCGCCCCCGUUACUGCUGUACUUGGUGGCCAGCUUGCUCAAGAUGUCAUCAACGUCCUCGGUUGUCGCCAACAGCCGAUCCAGAAUAUGGUGCUCUUUGAUGGAGAUACGAUGGAAGCGCCGAUGUAUGCAUUGCAUCCCGAGGGUGCGCUUGGCGAGGGAUUGCUGCCACUCUCUUCUGGUGCGGAAAGUGGUGCAAUCGUGAAUGGAGGCGCUGCGGCGAAUACCGGCGCCGGCUUUCAGCCUGAUAUUAUCCAGGUCUAGAUUUUCCAUACCAAAAAUCGGAUAGGGUAGGAUAUACCGGAGUAGCUGGCGUUCUGUGGAUAUGGAGUUAGUUCGAUGAUCGGUUGAGAUCGACAUCUUGAAUAAAGAUAUUCAAUCAUGACCGUCUCUGCCUUCGUCUUGCUCGUUUUCCUCGUUUUCGUGAAGUCCAUCCACAUCAUCCUCGUCCACCUCCUCUGCCUCUUCCUCUUCCUCCUGUUC